UCUUCAUAAGACAAAAUGAUCACAGGUUUCACCAUCUUGACUCUCUUUAUUCUCUGUGCUACAGAUGUUUCUCAGUCGGUGCUGAUCACUCAGUGGCCCGACUACAUCUCCAGUCUCCCCGGCGGCUCGGCAGAAAUGCACUGCUACCAGAACGACACAGAUUAUAACUAUCUGUACUGGUACAGGCAGCAGAGAGGAAAAGCUUUCCAGCUAAUAGUGUACAUAGUAGCAGGCAACCCAAACUAUGAAGAAGAAUUCAAAUCUGGUUUUCAGGCAGUGAGCUUGAAGAAGAAGUGGUCUCUUACGAUACAGAGCCUUCAGGGGGAGGAUGAGGCUGUUUAUCUGUGUGCUGCCAGUCAGUCUCUGUGCUCCUACGGCGAGGCACAUUUUGGAGCUGGAACUAAACUCACCGUUUUAGAACCAGGUAUCAACGUCACUGCACCAACAGUGAGAGUGCUCAAGCCGUGCAAGAGUCAAAAGGGGAACAAGACCUUAGUCUGUGUGGCCAGUGGAUUCUACCCGGACCAUGUCAGUGUAUCCUGGGAGAUCGACGAUGUCGUCGUCAAUAAAAAACGCGUGGCGACUGACAACGCAGCCGUGCGGGAGGAUAAAUAUUACAACAUCACCAGCUUGUUGAGGGUCUCAGAAGAAGAGUGGUACACAGAAGGCAAAAAAUUCCACUGCGCUGUCCGUUUCUACGAUGGAAGUGAUUACAUCUAUCGUAAUAAAACAGUCUUGGGUAAACAGAAGGUCUUGAUGAACACAGAACAAUAUCUGGCGACUACUCGGAUUGCCACAAUCUCCUACAGUGUUGUCAUCGCCAAGAGCUGCAUCUAUGGGGCCUUCGUGGCGGUUUUGGUGUGGAAGCUUCAGGGUUCAGCUGGAAAGCAGGACGACUGAGAGCCAAGAAUGAACGCAUGAUCAUCGGGAGAUGUGUCGAGCCAACAACAACAACAACAACAAACGUUCUCAGCCGUGACUGUAACGUCUUUACUGCAUGUAUUAUAUCGCUUU